AUGACCUGCAGCGACACCGAGUCCGAUGCCGCGUCGUCAUCUUUCGACUCACCCUCACAUCAAGACGACGUCGAAGCCAAAGACUCUGUAGCUGUUCUGCAGGCUGUCGCGGAGCCCGCUCGUGGGAGGAGAAAGUCGCGGGGUUCGGACAAGGCGGCAAAAUGCACUCGAAUAACGACGGAAAAUGAACGCGCCAGAACAGAAGCCGAGGCCGCCGGAAGUCACAUCAAAGACUAUGCGACGGGAUAUGGGACGGAGAUUUCUGGCGAGAAGAGGCUGACUGAAUAA